UCGCGGCUGUGAAAUCUCAUCUUAAUUCCAGCUCCCUAUUCGCACCAAAAUUCGUUAUGAUGGGAGGGCAGUCCAGCAAGACGAGUAAGGCUGAUGUGCCUUUGGCUGUCAGAUUGGGUACCAAUUCCCAGUUCGCAGCUGACUUGAAGUCGUACGAAACUGCAUGUGUGGCCGACCCGAACUUACAAUCCUUCGACGCCUCCAUUCAAGAGCGAACUAACAGGGUGAUCAACUCACUUGCCAAUGGGGUUCAGGUUCGCUCCUUAUCUCUUGAUUCUCUGAGAGAAGUGACUGAUACUCUGCUAGAAAAUCACGAGGAAGUGGUCAGAAUCUUUCUGGCAUGCAAGAACGAUAUAAUGAAGAACGAAGACCUAUCCUCCUUGGUUGACGAGUUUUUUGAAAAUAGCCUCUUGACAUUGGAUUUCUGUAAUGAACUUCAUCAGUGCUUGAGACGGGCACGUGAUAACCAGGUAAUAAUUAAGUCAGCGCUCAACCAUUUUGCGGUAGAGGGCGAAAAUGGAGUGGAAGGGGCGAGGUAUGUAGAAACGUUGCAGCAACUGAAGAAAUUUACCGACGCUGGAGACCCCUUCACGCAAGAGUUUUACUUGUUGUUUGAGUCGGUUUAUGCUAAGCAGGUAUCAAUGUUGGAGAAACUGCAAGCCAGAAAGAGGAAGCUUGAUAAGAAACUGAAAUCCCUCAAGGCAUGGAGGAGGGUGGCAAAUGCCAUUUUUUUGACCGCAUUUGUUUCUGUGUUGAUUUUCUCGGUGGUGGCAGCUGUUGUUGUUGCACCACCUAUAGUAGCGGCUUUAGCUGGCGCAUUGACUGUUCCAAUAGGCUCAGUAGGAAAAUGGUGUAAUUCACUAUUUCAGGGAUAUGAGAAAGCCGUGAGCCAAAGGGAAGUGCUUAGCUCAAUGGAGUUUCGUACCUAUAUCACAUUACAGGACUUGGAUAGCAUUCGAUCCCUGGUCAACAAAUUGGAAAUAAAGAUUGGGUCAAUGUUGCAUAAUGCUGAUUUUGCUCUCAAGGAUGAGGAUGCUAUGGAGCUUGCACUCGAUGAGAUCAAGAAGCAGAUGGAACAUUUUUCCGAGAGUAUUGAGACUUUGAAUGAGCAUGCUGAUAGAUGUAGUCGGGAGAUAAGGAAAGCUAGGACAGUGAUUAUACAUAAGAUAAUCAAACCUCCACGUUGAUAGUUCUUUGCUGUGUCUAGUGAUGGCUUUUAAUUUUUAGCUUACUAUUCUGGACCAUUUAAGACUUGCUGAUUAAACACCUGGAUUAUUCAUUGGGGUGCGUCAAAAGAAAUACAGGGAUGGUACUUGUGUAUAACAUUUCUGUGCUUGAUGUGUAUGGAUCUCUUAAAGAUAUAUAUAUUUAUAUACAUACAUA